GGACUCCAUUAGGCAGCAGCUGGGGGAAGAAUCAACACACCAGGGAGCAGAGCGCAGCGGACCCGAGGACAGAGGCGGCAGCUGCCUCCGCUGCCGCCCGCCGCCGCCGCCGCCGCCGCCGCAGCCACUGCCGGGGCUCAGCCCAGCAGCGGGUCCCGCGCCCCCGCAGCCGCCCCGCGGCGCCCGCAGGCGCGACCCCCGGGCCGCGCACCCCGAGCUGCCUCCGGGAGGGGGGGGGGGGAAGGGCCCGGGGCCCCCCUCCCCCCCCCCCUCCUCCUCCCCCUCCUCUCCCCCCCCCCCUCCUACCCUGACCCCCUCCCCGCCUCCCCGGCCCCCCUCACCCCGACCCUCUCCCCGGCCCCCGCCUCCCCUCCCCCGCCUCGCCCCACCGGCUUCCCACCACGGCCUCUCUCGGCGAGGAAACUCUGGCCUCCGCUUCCUCCUCCUCCGACUCGGACACCGGCGGAGCCUCCCCGCCCCCGCGGAAGAAACCCCGAGCCUCGGCGGCGGAGGGAGCAGGAGAGCCCGGGGCUUCGGCAGGCAGAGCAGGCCUCUCCCCUCCGUCCUCGUCGUCCUCGUCGUCGUCCUCCUCCUCCUCCUCCUCCGUGGUGGUAGUGGUGGGACUCCCCCCGGCUGCUGCCCCUCCCGCCGCCGCUGCUGUCCCCCACCGAAGUAGCGGCCACAGCCUGGUCAGCGGCAGCAUCAUGCAGGCCAACGGGGCAGGAGGAGGAGGAGGAGGUGGCGGCGGCGGCGGCGGAGGAGGAGGGGGCGGCGGGGGCCAGGGACAGACCCCGGAACUCGCCUGCCUGUCGGCUCAGAACGGGGAGUCGUCCCCCUCGUCGUCGUCGUCCGCGGGGGACCUGGCCCACGCCAAUGGGCUCCUGCCUUCCGCCCCCUCCGCCGCCAGCAACAAUAGCAACAGCCUGAAUGUCAAUAACGGGGUUCCCGGCGGGGCGGCCGCCGCAUCCUCAGCCACCGUUGCAGCUGCCUCCGCCACCACCGCCGCCUCCUCUUCCUUGGCCACCCCAGAACUGGGCAGCAGCCUCAAGAAGAAGAAGCGGCUCUCCCAGUCAGAUGAGGAUGUCAUUAGGCUAAUAGGACAGCACUUGAAUGGCUUAGGGCUCAACCAGACUGUUGAUCUCCUCAUGCAAGAGUCAGGAUGUCGUUUAGAACAUCCUUCUGCUACCAAAUUCCGAAAUCAUGUCAUGGAAGGAGACUGGGAUAAGGCAGAAAAUGACCUGAAUGAACUAAAGCCUUUAGUGCAUUCUCCUCAUGCUAUUGUGAGGAUGAAGUUUUUGCUGCUGCAGCAGAAGUACCUAGAAUACCUGGAGGAUGGCAAAGUCCUGGAGGCACUUCAAGUUCUACGCUGUGAAUUGACGCCGCUGAAAUACAAUACAGAGCGCAUUCAUGUUCUUAGUGGGUAUCUGAUGUGUAGCCAUGCAGAAGACCUACGUGCAAAAGCAGAAUGGGAAGGCAAAGGGACAGCUUCCCGAUCUAAACUAUUGGACAAACUUCAGACGUAUUUACCACCAUCAGUGAUGCUUCCCCCACGGCGUUUACAGACUCUCCUGCGGCAGGCGGUGGAACUACAAAGGGAUCGGUGCCUAUAUCACAAUACCAAACUUGAUAAUAAUCUAGAUUCUGUGUCUCUGCUUAUAGAUCAUGUUUGUAGUAGGAGGCAGUUCCCAUGUUAUACGCAGCAGAUACUUACAGAGCAUUGUAAUGAAGUGUGGUUCUGUAAAUUCUCUAAUGAUGGCACUAAACUAGCAACAGGAUCAAAAGAUACAACAGUUAUCAUAUGGCAAGUUGAUCCGGACACACACCUGCUAAAACUGCUUAAAACAUUAGAAGGACAUGCUUAUGGCGUUUCUUAUAUUGCAUGGAGUCCAGAUGACAACUAUCUUGUUGCUUGUGGCCCAGAUGACUGCUCUGAGCUUUGGCUUUGGAAUGUACAAACAGGAGAACUAAGGACAAAAAUGAGCCAGUCUCAUGAAGACAGUUUGACGAGUGUGGCUUGGAAUCCAGAUGGGAAGCGCUUUGUGACUGGAGGUCAGCGUGGGCAGUUCUAUCAGUGUGAUUUAGAUGGUAAUCUCCUUGACUCCUGGGAAGGGGUAAGAGUGCAAUGCCUUUGGUGCUUGAGUGACGGGAAGACUGUUCUGGCAUCAGAUACACACCAGCGAAUUCGGGGCUAUAACUUCGAGGACCUUACAGAUAGGAACAUAGUACAAGAAGAUCAUCCUAUUAUGUCUUUUACUAUUUCAAAAAAUGGCCGAUUAGCUUUGUUAAAUGUAGCAACUCAGGGAGUUCAUUUAUGGGACUUGCAAGACAGAGUUUUAGUAAGAAAGUAUCAAGGUGUUACACAAGGGUUUUAUACAAUUCAUUCGUGUUUUGGAGGCCAUAAUGAAGAUUUCAUCGCUAGUGGCAGUGAAGAUCACAAGGUUUACAUCUGGCACAAACGUAGUGAACUGCCAAUUGCGGAGCUGACAGGGCACACACGUACAGUAAACUGUGUGAGCUGGAACCCACAGAUUCCAUCCAUGAUGGCCAGCGCCUCAGAUGAUGGCACUGUUAGAAUAUGGGGACCAGCACCUUUUAUAGACCACCAGAAUAUUGAAGAGGAAUGCAGUAGCAUGGAUAGUUGAUGGCGAAUUUGGAGCAGACGACUUCUGUUUAACUUAAAAUUAGUCGUAUUUUAAUGGCUUGGGAUUUGGUGCAAACAAACAUGAUUGAUAGCUGGACAGACAUGCUCGUCAUGAAAAAAGAACCAUUUCUGAAGCCCGAUUGGGGCCAAACAUUUACACCUUGCUUCAUAGUAACCAGUUGAGAUGAAGCACGUCGUUAGAACGUUGUUGGACACCAUGUUGAAUUAUCCCCCCAUCGGUUGUGAAGAACUGUGCUACAUUCAGGCUUACCCAUUGAACUCAGUAUAUAUAUUUUUUUCCUUCCUGUCUUUUGUCUGGCAGGAUACCAUUCUUGUUGCUCUUCUGUGUAAUGAAGUUUAAAUGCUUGUUUGGAAAACUUUAUUUAACAGUUUAGAAGGCUUGAUAGAAAGAGUGCAUUAGUCUGAAGAGUAUACAUUGGAUAGGAAAGAAUUUCCUUCUUUUGUUUCUCCAAAUCUUUCCGCCUUAUUUAGCUUGAGAUCUUUGCAGCUUGGUUCAUGGAUUCUAGCCUUGCCCGUUGCGCAGUAUAUACUGAUCCAGAUGAUAAACCAGUGAACUAUGUCAAAAGCACUCUCAAUAUUACAUUUGACAAAAAGUUUUGUACUUUUCACAUAGCUUGUUGCCCCGUAAAAGGGUUAACAGCACAAUUUUUUAAAAAUAAAUUAAGAAGUAUUUAUAGGAUUAAAGUGACUUCAUUUGUAUACAUGUGGAAUCUAAACCAGCUUAAAAACAGUUUCCUCAAUGACUUAGAUACGCAGUAUAACUGAAGCUCUUCUGGAAUACCACAUGAGACAUGGUCAGAAACAGUGCUUGGAAGGACAUUACACAGGAAAUUCAGAGUAAUGCUUUGAAGAUUUCCCCCCUUUUGUUUUAUUCCUGAAGGAACAUCAGUACCCAAUCUUGAAGAAAUUCAAGAUUCAAAAAGAAUUUUAAAUACACCAACAUGAGAGAUCAGUAGUCAGUUGGUUUUCAGUAAAGCUUGUUCCAAGUUGUUCUCAACUUAGGAAGUAAUUUUGGUGUGAUGUAGCAAAAGAGUAGAAAUCAACAGAUAUAACCACUUUGGGAGUUUAUAGUAUAAUUGAAAUUAUUAGAAGAAUUCAGGUUACAGACAAACUGGGAUUAAAACCUCAUAGUCAUUUCUCUUAACUGCCCUUAAUAUUUUGACAUAUUAGGGAUACAUAAAUUUAAAGAAUAUUUCUUCUCAGUUUUUUCAGAUAUUGCCAUACUGAACCUCAUUCUAAAAUGGUGCUGUGGAUAGUCUUUCCCUCUCCCCUCCUGUUUAAGGAAAGGUUUCCUUCGUGGAAAAGCACUUUUAAUUUUGAGAAUUUCACAUUUAAAGUAAGCCAAAAGCCUGAUGUUCACAUUGUGCUUUCAAACUCCGUAACAGCUGAAUACAAUAUAACAUAGUCUCCCUUGAAAUUCCCUCCCUUUUUCAGUAGAGGAUAAAUAGGGUGAUCCCAGCUGUUGGAAAGAGAAUGGGGAUACCCCCAAAAUAAGAUUCUGGUGAAGAAAAAAUCUUGAACUAAGUUCCCCUUUAGGCAUAGCCAAGUCUAUAAUAUAAUCAUGACCAUGAAUAGACUCCUCCAGGAUCCACAAAGAGAGAGGACUUGGAUGUCAAAAAUUCUUCCAUUGUGGGGUAGGUGGUUGGGGAUGGGAGAAAGGGAAAAGUCAGGGAAAGGGAGAAGAAAGAAAAACACAUUUGGCCUUAAAAUAGCAUGCAUUCUCCCAGAAGCCCGUAGUAAAGAAAAUGACAGAUCGUGGUCAGCAGACUCUUAUCAAAUUGGUAUGUAAAAGAUUUCUUCAAGCUCCAUUUUGCAGAGACCACCACUUAGAGAAUCCAAAAAUUUCUGUUUUGAUACUUCUGAGUUAAAAUAUAUGUUACAGUUUAUCUGGUACUUCAUUUUUCUUAACAAAUUAUUUUUACUUUAAGCUUGAAUAAAAAUCUUCAUUGGUAACUGUAUGUAAUUAAGUGGCAACUUCUCUUUACCUCAGUAUAGUUAAAAACCAUUCAUAUUUUAAGUGAUUCAUGUAUACCCUGAAGCCGUUAAUACACCCCAGUCUCUACAGUAACAUCACUAAAUGUGGGCAUAGAAACUCCACAGCUGUUUACAAAUUUGGUUACAGUGUGCUAUGGUGCAUUUGUAACACUCACUGAGAUUUGUGCCCAUUCAGGGGCAAUUUGGCACUCAGAUUCUACUUUACUUCACCUAACCACCCCUAGAUCUGAGUUUUCAGAGUGCUUCUGAAGUAUAGUUAAAAAACACUUUUUAAAAAGUGGAGUAAAAGUGAGGCACAUUUUACAAGAAUAUAACUCCUAUUAAAACGGAGUAACAACUAUGCAAAGGUUUCUAUAGCAGCUAGGUGAGUUUGUUUUCCGGGUCUGUCUUAACUGGCAGCUUCCUGUAUAUACUGGUACUUUGCUGUGCCAAUUUGCUGUAAACGUCCGUUUCAUACAUUUGCCAUGCAGUGACUGUGCUAGAAAGGUGAAAUAAAUGGUAAAGAAGCCUAGAAUUUUAUGGUGUAAGAAACUGAUCACAGGAUUUUCUAAUCCAUAGCUAUUAAUUGAAAACUUCUGAUAGUGCUGUAGGCUCUGUAGUAGGCUUAAGAGUGAGUCUCAUACUAUGAAACCAGCCACAGGAUACUAACAAAUGUAUAAAUUGAAAAGUACCAAUACUUUUUGCACAUAGAUCAAAAUAGAGUGGAGAAUUUGGGCUCCAAAAAUCAGGUUAGUAGGCUCAUUUCCAUGUGCUUAAAAAUGUUUCUGUUGUUAUGCACUGAUUAAGGGCUAGAGCAAAUAUUAAAUGUCUUUUUCCUCCAAAUAAUUGGUCAUUAAUGAUAAAAUGUUGUACUUGGGGCUUACUGAGAUUAGUAUGUGGGUAGUAAAGAAUUGGAGUGGGAGUUAAUGGGGAGGGAUGACAAAGCUUCCGCUUUGGUUUUUGUAUUUUAUUAGUCUUCAUAACAGCUACAUUUCUGUUGCUCUUAUUGGCCAGAUAAAUGUGUUACAUUAAACCAGGUAAGUAUUUUAAACAGAGAACAUUUUAUUUGCAUAUAUCCCUACAAAUUGGCCCAUUUUGGGGGGGGGGGGGGGGGGGGGAUUCCCUAACUUUAAAUAAUUAGAAUAUCCUGCAAUUGAAAGGAGAAAAAAAUCCAAUUUUGGCAGUAUUUUCUUAGUCUGAAAGAAGCAGAAGUAGUAAUAUGGUGAAUUUUAUUAUUAGGAGUGUUCUGCCUCUAGAGUGGCAUUCCAUGACAUUAAUAGAAAAUCCUUCUUUCCCACCCCUCCCCAUCCUGAAAUUUUCUUUUUUAGGAUGUUGGUUCCUGCAAACAAGAACUGACCCUAUCACCUCUGCCUCACAGUGGGUAAAUAUAUCGUACAUCUCUUGAAAGGGAAAAUAUCCAUGUCAGUUUCUUUCACAGUAGAAGAAUGGCUGCUUUUGAAUGGGGAGGAAAGAAGACAUUUUUCUUAAUAUCCUUUUUGUCCCAUCUCUAAAAUGUAUAUUUUGAUUUGGUUUUACUUUAAUUUCUCAUUUACAAUUUAGCAACUCUCCUUUAGGUUGCUCUCCAACACAUUACUUCCAUUUCAGAAACCAUAUCUGAUUUAACAUAAACUGCUAACUUAAGAAGAGGUGAAUUUGCAUUUACACUUAGACACUUUCUAAAAACAGGGUGAACUUAAUUGAAAUUUUUCAGUGUUGUUAAGCUAUUGUUACAGUAGCUGCCCUAUAGUUACAAAAAUAAAAACUAUAAAAACCCAUCCCCUAUCUACUUAAUCCAGAUAGCCUGGAUUUAACAAAACUAAUAGUAUAAAAAUGUGUGUGUGUGUGCUGUGUGUGUGUGAGAGAGAGUACUUGAUUCAUUAAAAAGUCCUGGAAACAGCUGUUCUAGGAUCUUGUCAUUUUUACUAAAAGUCUCAUGCACAUGUGAAGUGCCCUCUGAGUUUAAGGUUUGGUUAAUACUGGUAUAUUUUUAUAAGAUUGAAAUUGUGUCCCCAUCUUUAACCUAAACAUUUUCGUUAUCAGGGUCAAUGUGCUAGAACUGAAUUGUAACAUUUUUAGGCACAGAUGGAAAAAAUGUUAUUGGCUCCUUGAAAAUGUGUGUGUGUGGCGAGGGGAAUAGAUCCACAAAAGCAUGUAUGUACUUACAAACCAAGCUGUAGAGAUCAAGAAAAGAACUUAAGUGUUGAUCUCAAGAUAUCUAAAUUGUCAAGAUUUACAUGGCAUUGUGGUGGAACUAGUUAACACUUAGAGCUUUUGGUAUGUAAUAACUAUUUGCUAUGGACUGAUUAAAUGUUUCAAAAGAUUGUGUUCUUCAAUUUUGGUGGGUUUUGAAUUUUGUUUUUUUUAACUGCCUCUCAGAUUAUAUUUAGUUAGUUUAAAUUUCUUUGCUUUAUUCAUUAAAGUAUAAAAACUUCAGGUCUCUGAUAUUUAUUUUCACUUGUUUACUAAUUAUUUACAAAACACCCUUUGUUGACUUUUAUUUUAUAAAUGUGUAGUGUAUUAAACGUCUUUAAAUUUUUUUUCAAUUGAAACUACAUUAACUUUGAUUUGCUUUACUGAGAUUUUUUUAAAUACACCUUUUCCAUGUCAGUGUGCAGCACUUAACCAGUCGUUUGUAUUCCCUUUCUUUCAAUUCAAUAAACAGAAUGAAUACCUAAA